GAUGCUUUUGACGAAUGUUUAGAUCCAACAUGGAAUUGGUUCUUUUCGAUUAUGGACAAAACGGAAGCGCAGCUACGCUACUCAAAUGCUUUAAUGAACUCAUCAGUUGGUCGUCUUCUAAAUUUAACUCAAGUUGAUGUUUCUGAUCAAACUGAUGAACGACGCGAUGACCAACCACGAACAUUAGCAGCAGCCGCACAACGAAAUCGAGCUGCUGCUGAACAGAAGAAGCCUUUAACGAAACGUGUUACAAUGGGAGCAAAACGUGGCGGGGAUGGAAAUGGUGCAACUGGAGAUUCUGAUAGUCAAAAUGCUGCUCGGGCAGAAAAUAUUUCUUAUUUUCUUUCACUUUUAAGAAGUUAUUCGGCAGAAAAUGGUGAUGAUUUGCCUGUGCUUGAACUUAAUGCACUCAGAGAUUUGGCUUUCAUCAUUGAAUCUUAUCUUUUCCAUAUUUGCUUUAUCGACCAAUUGGACCAGGCAAAGGCUGUUGUCCCACCAGUCAAGAUUAGUCGAGCAACAAGAGGAAAUUCUGAAAUACGACAACACGAGAAUGAAGAGCAAAAGAAGAACAAACUUCGUCGUUUUUUCAAACGCUCCAAUUCAAUUUCGUAUUCGACAUUGAGUGAUGCUGUCAAACAUCAUGCAUUUACAUAUACUGCGGCAGAUGUUUUGCCACUUUCUGUUCGUCCUUAUCUACUAAAUUCUGAAGCGGAACGUGAUGUAUUAUUCGCUCUUCCUCCAUCUUAUCGUACAAGAUCUGUGCAUCGGCGUAUUGCACUGGAGCAUGGUGUUAAAUUCCCUGCUCAUCAUAGCCUUUCCCAGCCUCCAUUGUCUUAUGCUGAUUUACAAAAUCGUCUAUUCGGUGAUGAUGGCUCUAAAACUCAACAAAUCGAGUCGGCCUCCACUCAUGAUGCUUCUAAUUCUGAUGCGAUGGAAAUAUGCACUGCUACAAGUGAUGGUGAUUCCAAAAAACUGAGCCCUCCGGUUUUCAAUGCAUUUCAAAAGUCAAUCGGACGAUGGAAUCGAACAAUUGCAUUCGUUGCAAAGAAUUUCCAUGACGAUAUCACUAAAUGGUUUGGUGGUGAUUCUUCUCAUUCUGUUCUUAUUCACAAAACUGGAGUUUGUUCCUUCAAUGUCCGUUAUUCUCAAUUCCGAAAGCAGAUGGAUCGACUCAAAAGUACCCAAACCAAAGAUUUAGUCUUUAGUCAAGUUCCACGUGAGAAAUAUGUCCUUCUCCAACAAACCUUCCGACAGCUAAAUCAUCAUUAUGUUCGUCGAACGAGUGGGGCUAGUGGUACUUCUUCAUCCACAGCAACCCCAAGUCAAAUUACCAAUGCAAGAACAAGUUCUUCAAGUGGCCCUGGAAGGACAUUACCCCUUGCUUCACAUAAGGUAAAAGUAACUUUCCGUGAUGAACCUGGAGAAGGUACUGGAGUUGCGCGUCAUUUUUAUGCCGCUGUUGCAGAGGUUGAUUUUGAUGUUUUUUAA